GCAGUGAACCGGGCAGAGGAAGAGAGAGAGAGAAGUAGGGAACGCCCACCGCGGCGCCGCCGACGCCACACCCGGCCGAGCCGAAACCGAGACUGCAUCCUCCUUCGCGGCGCGCCGAGAUGAGCGGCAUGAGCCUCUCCCAUCGUCUCCCUCCCGCCGCGGCGGCGGUGGACCCCUACUACGUGUAUGCGGCGCACCCGGACCCACAGCGGCAGGGCGUGCUCACGCUCUUCGUCGCGGGGCUCCCCGACGACGUGAAGCCCCGCGAGAUCCACAACCUCUUCUCCCACCGCCCCGCCUUCGAUCACUGCCUCCUCGAGUACACCGGCCGUGGCAACCAGGCGGUUGCUUUUGUGACGUUCUUCACCCAUGAGGCGGCCCUGUCGGCAAUGAGUUCCCUAAAUGGAACAAUUUUUGAUCCGGAGAGUGGCGACCGUUUGCACAUUGAGCUAGCUAAAUCAACUUCACGCAGACCUCGUGGAGGUGUCGAAGGCUACCGAGUUAUUGACAAACGGGCUAACAAAACAGAAGGAAAUGCUGACCAUGAAAACGUUGGUGAUGAAGAUGAUGACGAAGUAUGGGGGGAAGAUGAGGAUGGAGGCAAUGACAAUAAUGGUGAUGGAGGAUCAGAUGAGCCAUCGGGCACAGAAAAUGAAAAUCCCAGUGAUAAGAAUGAAUUGCCUACGGAUCAGAGUGAUCAACCAGGGCACAAGCAGCAGAAUGGGCAAUCUCUCUCAAAUGAAGGACGAGACAAAUCUUCAAGUGAUAUACCACCUUGCUCUACUAUCUUCAUUGCAAAUUUGGGACAUACAUGCACAGAGGACGAACUCAAGGAAGUUUUAUCCAAGGAACCUGGAUUUCAUGUCCUUAAAAUGCGUCGCCGUGGUGGAAUGCCUGUAGCUUUUGCUGAUUUUACGGAUAUUGAAUCGUCUACCGCUGCUAUGAAUAGACUCCAAGGCACUGUACUGGCAUCUUCUGAUAACGAUGGAUUGCACAUUGAGUACGCAAGGUCGAAGAUGAGGAAAAGCUAAGUUGUUGGACUGCAAGGAUUGGCAGUGUCAUCUCCUGUCUGUCUUCCUGGAGGCUACCAGUAGGCAUCCCUGCACACGUAGCUGCGUGUAGCUGCUUGCUAAGCGUGAGAAUCCAGAACGGUGCUAAUUGUCCUGUAUGCCAUUAUACAAUACUCCCUCUUUUAAAUCAUGAGAUACUCUCUUCGUUUCAAAUUCAAAUUACAGCCCGUUUGGAU